GUCUACCUUUGGGCAGGUGUGUUUACCUGUGACUCCAACAGGAAACACUUCGCUUCACUCAGUCUGCUGCAACUGAGAAGUAGAAACUCGUUGGGCGGAACGAUGGAAAAAAAAAUCGCCAUUACCUAAUUGAAAUCCGCUUUAUAUUUGGGAGCCUAUAGGUCUGCUAACGUGUCCCUCACGGGGUAUAUAUUUUUUUUUUAGGCGGCAGACUGACCGAAAGAGGGAAGUGCUUCCUGAUAAUGAGGAGGUGCGUCUUAUUUCCAUCCCAGUGAUUGACUGCGUACGGCUUCCACCGCCAAGAGCUGCGGGCAUUGACGCAUUGUGGAGUCGACAACAGGGAGGGGGCGAGCACUGCAAACCCCCGGCUUCGCCACACAUCGGAAGCAUCUAUCGGCGUAACCACCGCGAUGGCCGUGGUGCAGCUCGAAACGGGGGACCGCCAGCCGGAGAACGGCUUCGUGACCCCCGAAACCGCGUCUCCGGAGCUGCUGACUCACAUCGACAAGUCUGUCCUGCCUUCUCUCGGGGGGUUUGGGAAAUACCAGAAACAGCUGAUCGUGCUGACAUGGAUCCCGGCGUUAUUUAUCGGAUUCAGCCAAUUUUCUGACAAUUUUCUUCUCGCGGAGCCAAACAUCACAUGCACCAGCCAGCCCCUGGCUAACGGAACUAGGCACACUGCGAACCUCCAGAUGAACAUAAGCACCGGGCCAGCUCUUUCUGCCGGUGGGGGUCCCAGCGCCCACAAUGACAGCUUGCAGUGUCAGUACAAUGAGUCGACAUUCGAGCUGCACACAGGGCUUGGACAGAACGUGGUUACGAAGUGGUGUCUGGUGUGUGAAUUGAAAUGGAGAGUCCAUAUCGCAAAGUUCUCUCUGUUGGUGGGGUCAAUCUUUGGAUACCUUGUAUUUGGGAUACUGGCAGACUGGUUUGGCCGACAUCCAGUGCUGAUCAUAUCGGUGCUGUUUAUGCUGGUGUUUGGUCUGACGGUGGCCUUUUCUGUCAAUGUCACCAUGUUCAGCACCUUGCGUUUCUUUGAGGGCUUCUGCCUUGCAGGGAUUACUCUUUCUCUCUAUGUCCUGAGGAUCGAGCUGUGCCUGCCAGCAUGGAGGUUUUCCAUGACCAUGGUGGCCAGCUUUGUGGUUUUGGGUGGUCAGCUCCUGAUGCCCGGAGUGGCAUACCUCUGUCACAACUGGCAGGUACUCCAAGCUGUCAUCAUCUGUCCCCUGCUGCUUAUGCUGUCCUACAUUUGGAUUUUCCCUGAGUCGCUGCGCUGGUUGCUGGCAACCCAGCAGUACUGCCGCUCCAAAUGGAUCAUGGGACACAUAGAAAAGAAAAACAAAGUGAACCUGGAACGUGAUGCAGAUAACAUCCUCGCAGAACUGCAAAAUGUUCUUCAGAAGAAACCCAAAAGGACAUGCAUCGUGAAAAUGGCUGGUACGAGGAACCUGUGGAAGAACAUCGUCGUCCUGUGCGUCAACUCGUUAACAGGCUAUGGGAUCCACCACUGCUUUGCCCGGAGCAUGGUGAGUCCAGAGAAUGAGGAAAAAACCAUAUUCCGUGACUUCUAUGCAGAAUAUUACACCAAGGCUGGUAUAGCAGUGGCAUCGUGCAUUGCGUUGUGCCCAGCAGUGGGCCUGAUGGGCCGGCGUGGUGGACUUCUGAUGUUCAUGAUCAUCACCGCUCUGGCAUCACUACUGCAGCUGGGCUUGCUGAAUUUGCUUUGGAAGUACAGCAAUCAUUUAAAUAUAGUUAAAUUGCUUCGUGUGUCUGCUGCUUCCUCAGAACAGAAAAAAUCUACGCUGAAUAGGAAUUUCUCCAUUGCCUUCUCCAUCAUCGGUAUGUUCUCCUCCCACGCAGUCAGCAACCUAAGCAUCUUCUUCUGUGCUGAAAUCACUCCCACUGUAAUCAGGGGUGGUGGUGUCGGCCUGGUACUGGCCAGUGCCGGCUUUGGCAUGCUUACUGCACCAAUCAUGGACCUCCACAAUCAAAAAGGCUACUUCCUUCACCACAUCAUUUUUGCCUGCUGCACUCUCAUUUGCAUCAUUUGCAUUCUUCUCUUGCCUGAGACCCGUAACCAGUCGCUCCCUGAGACCAUUGACGAUGGUGAGAACUACACUCGUCAGCCACUUCUCCUCCCGAGGAAACCGGGAGAACAGCACCUCUUGCUCCAUCAACUAGAGCCCAACAGGGACUACUCCAGAGUGCAAGACACGCCACUGCAUGAGACAGCCAACGUUGCAUUGUCAACCAUGGCCUCCACUGCCUCUUCGGCAAUUGAUUUGACUGCUUUGGCAACGGGAGAUUUGUCUGUUACCAAUAAUUUGAAGGAAGGACCAGACCUGCUUGAGCCACAGGACCCCAGCGGUCACUCCUCUCCAUUUCCACUAUCAGCCUCUGCAAUGACCCGAGGUAAAGACAUCAUCAUACAAGCUAACAAAGAAUGGCUGCUGUCUUCCAGUCCUUUACACAAAGCCCCAUGCGCCACAGAUCCACUUUUAGCAGAUGCAGAAGAACUUUUGGCAGUUCAGGAACCUGCAGACAUACUAAAAGAGAAUAUCCAUCUUGAAGUAAAUGACACGGCUCCUUCUCCCAAAAGUAAGGAUGGUACUGGGACUGCUGCUUUGCAUGGCUCUUCACCUCCCAUUGUCCCCCAAACAUUGCCGGCCUCCUUGCUGAUUUGCACAACCCCUGUCAUUGAGCCCCGUCCUAGUUCCACACUAGAGUCCCCCAGCCCACUGGAAAAUGACAUUGAUGAGAUCAUUACAACAUCCAAGCCGCCGGUAUUUGAGGAGGCUCCUGAUAUUUUAGAAGACCUCCCUCCAACAUCAGACCUGGACCGACCCGCCCAACCUUCACCCCCCAUUGCCUCACAGUUUGAUAUUCCCCUUGAGGUAGAAAACAUAUUUGAUUCUGCAUGUACUCCUAAUAUUAGAAACUCACAGCCACCUCAUUUAGAUCUGGCGUCCUCCAAUGGUAAAGAUUUCUCUUCUCAUUCCUCUACUCCUCCAAGUUUAGUAGAUGUGUCACCAAGACACAUGUGUGCUCCACCUACUGACUCAGAUCCCACACCCUUUGCUGACUUUUCCUCCGUCAGCACCACAGCAAGAAGUCCAACUGUCCUCCCUGUCACAGACAUUGUGAAUACCUUACAUCUAGAAUCAUCCACAGACAUUGUACAAGAUUCUGUCGUUUCUCUAGAUUUAGAUUCUGUACAGUCAAAUUCCAAUGUGGAUGUAGUCCCUGCUGAGGCAGCUCCCAUCUCUCUAAUGGACAGCACUGUGUCCUCCCCCAUAGACUCUGGUGUCAUAGCUACCAUGGACAGGGAGACUUCCAGCACUGAAAACAACACUGUCAAUAGCACAGCGUCGACAUGAUUAUGUGUUGCAGCCAAAAAAAUAAAAUAAAAUAAAAUAAAAAAAUGUGAAGCUUUAUGUGUCCCACCAAGAGGCAGCCACCUACAUCCAUAAAACAGCAUGGAGCUUGGGAGGGUGAGGGGGGAACAAGAACUGCCAAGCCCAGACUUCAGGUACUUUAUGAAGACUGUUCCAAACUGGAUCUGAGUAGACUUGUCAUACACAAGCUGCUUUAUGUUCUUCAGUGCUUCUCCAACCUCCCUUGUGUCAUCUUGGAUUUCGCCAAUAACUGAAGACCACACAAGUGAGAGACUGCAGCACUGGCUGGUUUGUAACGAUGUAAUGUCAACAUCUGCUCUUCAGGAACAUGACUGGAAAUCACCAGCGUAUAAAGUACUCUUUCUUUUUUUUUUUUUUUUUUUCCGAAAAUAAAUAAUUUAAUUUAACAACUUUGGGUGAGAGAAAGAGGGGAACACCACUGUCAUUUUGAAUGCCCAUGAUUACAGAGAUGUCAUCAGCUCUGAUGAAGAAAUAAAAAGCCAACGAUAACAAUGGAUGCCACCAAUGCUUUUGCUUAAAUAAAAUGUUUUGAAUUUGCAUCUAUGAAAAAGGCCUUACAUAUGGACAAAGAAAAUUGGAAUGUUAUAAAGUACUUUUGCUAUUGUAAAUGUAAAUGAUUUAAAUUGGAAACCUUGUUUUAUUUAUUUCAUUUUUUUUUUUUCACCAAAUACAAAUACCAAAUACUGCCCUAACCAAAAUGAACAUUGAUGUAGUGCCAAAACAUAAAUAGCAGUACAGUGUUUUUCCUGUCUGGGGAAAUUUAUAGGAGACCUAUAAAGAGAAUGUGAAGUUGAUCUUGUACCAUGUUGAAUUUUGGAUGACUGGGUUUGUUUAUGUGCCAACUUCUCUAGAGUUCUCAUCUCUAAGGCUGUUUUCCAUUCGGGAACCCAACACAUUUCUCUUUAACUUCAUAAUUUUAGAUUUCUAAUGAGGUUCUUGACCCUAAUAUAUUAUGUCUCAGCACAUUUAAUCUCAGCAUAGAAAAGGACAAAUAUGCCUUUUCACUGCUGUCUAAAAAUGACCUUGUUUUUAACCAUAUGCUGCACUAUGAAAUCAACAGACAACUAUAUUCACUUGAAGUAAUUCUAGUCGAUUUGCUUUCUUUAAUGAGACGUUCAAGAGAAUUGGGUCUUGAAGGCAAGGGGAUUUCAGUGGGACACUGGCUUCUUUCUUGAGGCAUCCCUUAUGAGAUUUACAGAAUGCAGAUUCAUUGGAGUCCAUAUCAUUUUAUCGAUUGCUAUUGUGUUUUUUUUUGUUUUGUGCUUGUUUUUUUUUGUUUGGUUUUUUUGGUUAUGAAAUGUAUUUUUCUUUGAGGGAAAAAAAUAACCGCUCUCCCCUUCUCUGGCAACACUCGACAACCAGCCUCUUGGAUAAAGCAAUCAGAGAAAGGCACAGUUAAAAAUAGAUGGCACUCCCAUCUCAAUACGCAAAUCCAAAUGUGGCGUAACAUCAGUCUUUGUUUCCAAACUCUUCUCAGACUAAAUAAUGAAUACCACUAUAUGUGUUGUUUUUUUUUUGUUGUUUUUUUUUUGUUAAAGUGAGCAAAAAAUGGGUAAAAAAAGCUUUUUUUUUUUUUAGCACAUGGUGAUUUUUGUGGAUAAGGAGCAACUUUGUUUGAGAGUUUUCAGCCAGUGAAAAUAAUUGUAUGCAAAUCCUCUUUUUGUUCUAGAUAUGACCAAGUAUGUUAAUUAACUCUCGAGCUUGAUACAGUUUUUUAUUUUAUUUUUUUUCUUCAAAGUAUUAUUUUCAAAACUCUCCCUGGUGUGCCCUUAAUGUACAGAGCUAAUCAUCCUUAUUACAGUAUUUGUGGCACCUUAAUAUGGUGGCACUUUAUUUUUGUGCAGUGGCGAUAAAGCAUGAAAUCUAUUGUGAAAGUGUAAACAAAACUGUUAAAUCUUUGAGGAAAAAAAAAAAAAAGCAAAGAAAAAAAAUGAGUUGUCCAAAAUGUUUGAUGCGAUUGCCAAUCGUUGCUGCAUUGAUAACCUAUAGUGUGCGUGUGUGUAUGUGUGUUUUCUAAAUCAUGUUAUGACAUUAACAUAGUACGUCAUUAUUUCCUUACAUACAUUUUCGCACAUACACAUGCACAACUAACUCUUAAAAAUAAAAUGCAAUACUCUACACAAAGUGACAUGUUCCGAAUUGACAUAUUGAUUUUGACAAAAUGAAACGCUCUUUCUCAUGGAAGUACUUUUGCUUCCAAAAGUCCACCUCUGGACUGCAGCCUACUUGACUUAGACACUUGUGUAACAGUUGUAGUACUUUCGUACGUCUUGCUUUUGAAGUUGUAAUACUUGUGUACAGGAGGAUGUGUGACUGUGGAUGUUCUACUGUUUACAACAAGCCUCACGAUGACCAUUAGUAAUAAUAACAAUAAUAGUGCCGUACUGUAUACCUUGAAAGACAGACAAUGUCUUGUGAUCUGAAAUGUGAUAAAACUCUGUAGAUCAUUUAUCCAGGGAUGUGUUAAGGUGUUGUCAGGAUUCAAUCCAUCACUAGACCUAUAAAAUUCUCUGUUAUCAUGUGAAAGACCUGUGAAGAGCCUUACACUUUGCUAAUUGUUGAAAAUGCUACAUAUCUUUGAUUGUUUGAAUGAUCGAUCAAACUCUUAAAUCUUUCUAAGAUGUAUGUUUGAUACGAGGAAAACAAAGCUGAUUGAUUAGGGGUGGUAUUUGAUUGUUUCAUUAUUGGUGUAACUAAGAUGUUCAUGUGGUUCUCUCAUUUCAGAUGCAUAUAGUGUAUGCCACAUGCAAUGCUACUAGACGUCAAAGCACAAGGAACUGCAACCAUUUAAAAUAGAGUGGCAUACUUAAGAAUGAAAGGGAAUUUGGAUUUGGAACGCAAUGUAGGGACUACUAGUCACACAUUAACUUUUGCAUUACAUUUCCGUGUUUGUGAGUGGAUGGAUGCCUAAGUUGGCUGAGUCUUCAAUGUGUGUGUUAGUAUUUAUCUGGGUGUGCAGCCAAAUUAAAGUUUGAAUACUUGAAAUCUAAAUGCAAAUCUGGAGUUAAAAAUAAAAUAAACCAUGGUAAUCUUCAACACAGCACAACACUGGUACUGUCUCCUCUGACAUCUGUUACUUCACUUUCUUCCAUGCAGCUAUUUCAGUGCAAAGAGGAGAGAUUACGUUGCUUUUUUUAUUUUUUAAACAUUUUUCACAUUUGCAUCCAAUCCAACUUUUUAUUAUUAGGUUUUUGGUUUACGUGUAACUUCAAGUGAAAUGAAGGCAAUGUAGAGCAACGACAGCACCAGCGACUGAGGCUAUAGGGCUGACAUUUAUUGUUGGAAAGAUAAGUUGAAGGAUCACAAAUCAAAGGAGUGGUAAAUUAAUGUUGAAUCCAGCUGAUUAGUCUCCAGGGGGAUUAAGUACCCAAUGCACACAUUUCAGGUUUUGCUUCUCUCAGUUGAGCGACUCAAAAUCUCUUUGUUGGGAGAUUCAAAUGAAUGUAAAAAAAAAAACAAC